ACGCAAGGAGCCGUUUUGGCCUCAGUCAGUGUUGUUAGGAUUAUGUAAAGAGAGUGUGUAUUAUUUUUCGUCGCUGUUUUAGAAACUUUUACGUUUUUUGUUGAUCGAUAAAAUGACUAUAAUAUUAUUUUUGAUAGACACUAGUGCUUCUAUGAAUCAGAGAACUUACUUGGGAGCCAGACCAACUUUGUUAGAUGUUGCUAAAGACGCAGUUGAAAAAUUUAUAAAGAUUAGGCAAAGAGACUCGGCCAGUAGAGGAGAUAGAUACAUGCUUUUAACGUUUGAAGAGCCUCCAGGAAACAUAAAAGCUGGAUGGAAGGAGAGUUUAGCUACUUUCAUGACAGAACUGAAGAAUCUACAGGCUGUGGGCAUGAGCACUCUUGGAGCAGCCCUUAAAUCUGCACUCGAUCUCCUCAACAUCAAUCGCAUGCAGACAGGUAUAGAUACCUAUGGCCAGGGCAGGUGCCCUUUUUAUCUAGAACCUUCCAUUAUUAUACUUAUCACUGAUGGAGGACGACUCACUACCACAUUAGGAGUGCAGGAUGAGUUGAAUCUUCCAAUGCAUUCUUCUGUCCCUGGUUCAGAGUUAACAAAGGAACCAUUUCGUUGGGACCAGCGUCUGUUUUCAUUGGUGCUGAGAUUAACUGGAAUCCCGCCAGCCGAUAGGGAACCCAGCACUGUGGUGCCCUCAGACCAUUCCCCCGUUGAUGUCAUGUGCGAAGUCACAGGAGGACGCUCUUAUGCAGUUAUUUCGCAAAGGAUGUUAAUGCAGUGUUUAGAAUCUCUUGUACAAAAACUUCAAGGUGGUGUGGUGAUAAACUUUGAAAAAAUAGGUCCUGAUCCUCCUCCUGUUAAUGGUGAAGAAGUUUCAGCUCCAGAAGAAAGGAGCAGCCAUAAGCCUGCUUCUCCUAGUCUGCAUCCUACUCAGCCCAACCUGAACAAUGGCACAGCAAGUCCUCCAUUAUAUCCACCAAAUAAUAACACAUGGCAAUCGUGUCGCAAACUUAUUUAUGUGCAAAGGUCAGCCCAGAAAGGAUACACUGUUGGACAUUGGCCAAUACCUGAAUCAUUCUGGCCAGAUCCAGGAAGUCCAGCUUUACCUCCAAGAACAGCCCAUCCAAUAGUGAAAUUCAAUUGUGCAAACAGUGAACCAAUGGUUAUAGAUAACCUUCCAUUUGAUAAAUAUGAGCUAGAACCCAGUCCUCUCACACAGUUCAUUCUUUCUCGCAAGCAGCCAACGAUUGCAUGGCAGGUUUUUGUGAGCAACAGUUACAAGAACAGUGAAGUGGAUUAUCCAUUUGGUUACUUGAAGGCCAGUACAAGUCUCACAUGUGUCAAUUUGUUUGUCAUGCCUUAUAAUUAUCCAGUUUUAUUACCUUUACUAGAUGAUUUGUUCAAAGUACACAGAUGCAAAGCUACUAGGGAAUGGAAACAACAGUUUGAUAAUUAUUUAAAAAAUAUGCCAUUGUAUUAUGCAGCACCCUUGAAGCGAGCGCUGCAAAGAAUGGGUGCACCUAAUCUUGUACCAGACACGAUGGAAAACUGUCUUAGCUAUAGUGUCCUUAAUUAUUUAAAGAGGCUAAAAAAUCAGGCUAAAACUGAGUUCGAAAAACUUAUCUCAACUGUGGGAACCAAAAAGAACAUGUCUGAAGGGAUUCGCGUGAAUCCCGCGCCGCAGCGGCCUUUUGGCCCAGCCACUAAACUCACCGAAAUGAAUCUGACUCCUCACUUAGUAAUGAAUGACAGAUUUGCCGCCUUGAAAAAUGAUCUUAAUGAUUUUAACCUCUUUGUUUUAUUCGUUAAAGACAAAGAAAUUAAACAUGAAAGUUAUCGUAAUGCAUAUGAUAUUCCUCGGAAUAGCAUUCUGGAUCAAUUAGCCAGGAUGAGAUCUAACUAUCUACAGUGUUCACUGAGCCACACACGACUGCAAGAUGAAGAUCAAAUUCACAGCCUACCGGUUGGACAGAUGGGUAACUAUCAAGAGUACUUAAAGCGUUUCACUCCUCCAUUGAGGGAAAUAGAAUCUAUACCUGUUCGACAACAUAUGUUUGGAAAUCCAUUCAAAAUAGACAAGAGGAUGAUGGUAGAUGAGGCUGACAUUGAUCUUGUGGGUGGAGGUAGCAGCUCUCCUAUGAGGGGUCAAAAGCGUAUGUUAGAUUCUCCUGUAGGUUCUCCCAGAACAAAACGGAAACCUGGACCCCUUCCCAAAGACUUUCCUGUCUGGAGACCUCAAAGUCCUAUUCCGUUAUCCCCUGCUUUGCCACUCAGUCCUACGAGUGACACUGAUGAUGAGUUAUAUAUAAUUGAGAAGGAAAGACAAGCCCCCACCCUUACUCAUGUUGAUGAUGGUCUCUUUAACUGGAACAGCAGCUCUGAUAUGCAGGGCAUGAAUCAUAUGAAUUCUAGAAAUGCCACAAAUCAUGUUGACUUGUGGGAUAAUCAAGAGACAGAACUCGAAAUGCCCCCCCUUGUCCUAAAUUGUUCAAAUGAAAUGAAAUUUUUGCAGGACUCGGGCUGUAGAGCUGAAGUAAUUCGCAUUCGAAGUGCCUUUUUUAAAGAAGUACGAAAACCCGGGAGGAAUUUUCGUCAACUCUUUAAGCAGUUGAAAGCUGUUGAAGGUAACCUAGACUUUCAAAUGUAUAUGGUUCGAGAGGUGAUAAAUGAAGCGCUUAGGUUUAAAAGAAAGUAUCUUAUUAAGUUGCUAGAAGAUUUCCAACAAAGGCUGUUGCAGAAUAAUAGGAUAGCACACAUUGAACCUCCAACUUAUUCUAGGUAGUGCAAAGAACAACAAAAAACCCUUUUUUUAUACCUGUAAUUUUAUGUAUGAAAUUUUGCACAGUUUUAAUGUAUAGUGGCUUUUUUAAAAACUGAUUAUGUAGUGUA